AUGCUGGCCAAAUCAUUGCGGGCUGAAAUCUUUCUACUCGAGUACUCGCAGCGCUCAGUAUGGCGUAGAGCUCUGUGCCAUGGCGAGGAAAUCGCCGCAGAAAAGGCGGCGGCCGCCAAGCGACCAGACGCUGACAGCGCUCGACGGCAGACCUUUGCGGAAGCUGCCAGGAGCGCUCCCGUGGGUGCUGGCAGAGGAGCAGCCGCUGCUGCGCCAAGAGCCAGCUACGAGGAAGUGAAUCCCGAGUUCUCAGGCGACAACAGCGCGCGGCAGAGCGACAAGAGCCGACUGGUUCUCCCAGUUCUACAAGCUCAAGAGAAGGGCUUGCCAACUUGCGCAGUGGCUUGUGCCUGA